CCGCCCACGCCGCCCACGCCAGCACCCCUUCGCGUCCCCGUGUCCCGGGUGAGGCUCGGCCGAGGCGCCGCGGCCUGAUCCGUGUCAGCGGCGGAGGAACGAGGCGAAUCGAGGCGGUGUUUCGGGGCAUCGCAGAGCGAAGUGGGUCAUUCGUUCAUUCGCGGGGCAUUAUUCACUGCGCUGUGACGGCUAACGGGCGGCGUGGCGGAAGCAGAGCAUGCCCUGGCAGGUGGGCAGAGUGACAGUGCGCUGCGGAUCAGGGCCACGGUAUACUUAGUCGGCGCCGCCAGCGCACGCCCCGUUCACUCGCCUUGUGCCCCGCGCCUUGUGCACACCGCCGCUGCUCCGGCCUACGUGCCUCGCCGCUCGCUCGCAAGGACUCGCAGGACUGUGUGUGCCGCUCUCGGCCGCGCCGUGUCGCCCCGUGGUGCCCUCAGUGCCCGCCAUGUGCAAGUGGAUUGUUGGACGCGAGGUGUGUAGUGUGUGCGGCGAGGCGCCCCCCCGUGCCUGGCCGGGCGCCGCCCACCUGCCCAAAAUGCUGGCGCCGCCCGCGACCAGCCUCCUGGAGCGCUACUGGGCGCUCACCGCCGCGCGCAUCCCCGCCUGGGACUCGCCGCGGGAAGCGCUGGCCGGCGCGGGCCUCGGCCCCGACGCCGACCAGGCGCCGCAGGACGCUGCUGACCUUUUGACCCAAGACGCCCCGCCCCUUGAACCCUGCCCCGCCGCGGGCCGCAGCGGCGACGGCAGCGCGUGGACAGAGCCGCGCUGCCCUCAGCCAAUGGACGCGCUCGGAAAGCUGGUGUGUGGCCAGGCGGGGGCGGCGGCCACGCCCACCUGGCCGGCCCAACAGAUGGUCAAGGGCUCCGCGCUGCCCCGGGGCUUCCUCCUCCCAGAGACCGUGUUCCUCUUUGAGGAAGGCAAUGACUACAUCUGGGGGAGCGGCCAAGUGGGUGUGCAGUGUGAAGGUGAGUGUCUUCGGCCUUGGGUCAACACGGGUCACCAAGUCAGAGGGCGAGGGUGAACAUUUAUGAACGCUCUUGGGUCACGGGGAGAGAUUUCUUUUGCUCCGGAGGGUCAUCGCGGAGAGGUGGUCUCUCCAAGGGCGGGUUUAUAGAGUGUUGGGGGUUGGAAGUGUGUCACUGCUGAAUGGGCGAUAUUGAAGCACUGUUUUCCCUCCCGGGGCUGUUCACGGCACGAAGGGUUGUGGAGGCGUCGGUGUGCCAGAAGCGACAGCGAAAGUCGCCGCCGGUGCCUCCGUCAGACGCCCUUGUGGCUGUCCAGGCAGGGGCGUGAGGCAAGGUCCUCCGUCGCAGCGUUGCUAUGGACGGGCCGAAGCUCCGGGCUGCUGCGCGCACACGAGCCGCCGCGCACGUGUUUCUGCGCAACGAGUGACACUUGCUUAUCUCCAUCGCUAUCUCCCCUGAUAAGGAUUUUUAUGGUUUAUUUAUAUGUGUGCAUUUCAGGUUUUUUUCCCAUUUAUUGCGA